CAACGUCCUUUGCUUUUGAGCCCGAGCAUCGGGCAGUCUACACCUGCGGAUAUUUCGCCCGCGAGAACACAGCUCUCGAAGACCACCUCUUACACGCGUGUACUCACUUCCAGGGCCCAGCUGAUGGCGUGGCGCGCCGCGGCGAGCGGCAGCAGGCCGCGCAGACAGGCUGCAGAGGCAGCGGCGGCAGCGGUUGCCCCAAGGCCCAAGCUCGCGCGUGGGGAGCAGAAGAAGGGCACUGGCAGAGGAGCUGGCUCAGGCGACACAUCCUUCGAGGCGGAGAUCACGAUGAUGCAGAUGAUGCGCCAGCUGCCAGGCAGCCUGUGGGACUUCUCCCUGGUCCCAGGAGGCCACCUUGCUGUGGGCGCGGCCGUGGAGGCAGCCACGACAUACGCGGAACGCCGCAAGGAGAAGGGCGGCAAGACCAUGGGGCCGCCGCACCUGCACGUGGGAGUGGACUUCUUCGUGGAGAUGGGCCAGGACGACAAGGCGGAGGGAGAGCACAAAGUCAUCCUGACGGACUUCCGAUACUUCAUCGACGUCAUAGCCUUCGCAGAGCACGCGUGCCAGUUCGUCGGGGGGUUGUCGUUGUCUCUCAUCGACGUCAUAGACAUGCAGAAUUUCGGGGACAUUCUGAGCUACUGCAAUGUCAAGAAGGCCUACGCGGAGCAGGGGCAGCCAGAGCGCUGGAAGCUGCACCUGAUGUUCAACAGCUUAGCCAGCAGCCCUGAGGCCAAGCACAGGGAGGACCAUAUCAAUGCAAUCCGCGAAGGAUACCCGGAACUUCCCAUCAAGCUCCAGCAGGGCACUCAGAUCGCGGACAUCAGGAGGGCCGUCGUCGACGCGCUGCGGGCAGCAGGAGCGCAGCAGAUCUUCGGAGCGCCCCCGCCGUCAGGCCUGAAGAGGCAGAUCCAAGCCGCCCUCAGAGCCAGGCAGCAGCUGCCGGAGGGAUAG